UCUCCAUCUGACAUUGACGAUCUCAGAUGUGACACUGGUUAACCACUGUCCCAGUGUCGCGGAGCACGUGGUCAUCUUUGGUCCUGAUGCUGUGACCACUUUCCUCAGCACGCGCCGCGCAUUUAGGGGUGUGUUCACGAUGUACUAGCAAGUCUGGAUCGGAAUUUUCCUCAGCCUGCCAUUUAAACGCCACACAUUAACCGUGGCGCAGCAGGCCGACUGCACGGCACAAUAUGUAGGCUAGAAGGACACAGAGGACGGCGCGACUCGGUGUAGGCGGGUAAAUGGGAAAUCUGAUGGGCAGUUUGCGCUACAAGGAGCCGAGAACUGUGGAGGAAUGCGACUCGACAUGGGAGUCAGACUCGGAAAGCGACGAGCAGCCGGGUGAUGAGGACAGCGGGAUAUCGGAGUGUGUCAGCCGGUUUGAGACAGGGAGAUGCGGCGAACAGGCGAACAUGUCCCCGAAGCCCUCUGACUCUAAGUCCAGCACCAAGAUGAAGAGGAGUUUUUAUGCUGCAAAGGAUCUUUACAAAUAUCGCCACAGCUACCCGAACUACAAGGCGCCCCGGCUACCUAAUGACUACCGCAACCUCCGCUUCUACCUGAACAAGAUCCCUCUAAUACCAGACGGCAUCUUCAUUGAGGAGAUCCUGACCAAAUGGAGAGGAAAUUAUGACAAACUGGAGCACAAUCACACCUACAUACAGUGGCUUUUCCCUCUGAGGGAGCAAGGGCUCAACUUCUAUGCUCAAGAACUCACUCAGGAGGAGAUCAAGGAAUUCCAAAGCACUCGGGAGGCCAAGCGGCGAUUUCUGCUGGCGUACACACUCAUGCUGGAUUUUUAUGGGAUCAAACUCCUGGAUAAAAGUGGGAAUGUCGCCCGAGCUUCCAACUGGCAAGAACGCUUUCAGCACCUCAAUGAGUCCCAGCAUAACUAUCUGCGAAUCACACGCAUCCUCAAGUCUCUGGGUGAGCUGGGCUUUGAGGACUUCAAGGCCCCCCUGGUGCGUCUCCUGCUGGACGAGGCUCUGUGCCGGGGCACCCUGCCCAACAUGCUGCACAGCACCCUAGAGUAUUACGUCUACACCAUCCGCCUCCGCUCCCACCGCCGCAGCCUGCUCCGGUACGCCCGCCAGCACUACCAGCCGGCCAACACCUUCCUCUGGGGGCCCCCGGCCAGGAGGAGAGGAGCUGAGGCAGGGCCAGGAGGAAGGGUGGCAGAACCCACCCCAGAGAGGGAGAGGAGAGGAGGAGACCCCCAUAGGGCUUGUAGUCCACUUCCGAAGAAGGACUCAGUGGGAGGUGGGGGUGGGGGAGGAGAUGGGAAGGGAACCAAGGGCUAUACCGUCUCCACCAAAACCCUCCAGGAGGGGGUGAUGGAGAGGGGUAGGGGGGACAGGUGCAAGUACAUUGAGACUGUUCCACUGUAG